AUGCUGUCGGAGGUGGUUCGGGGGCGUUGGCCGGCAGUGUUCGAGCUCGGCUCGGCCUUGGAGUUUGUCACGGAGUGCAGCUCAGCCGACACUGCGCCGCAGGUGUUCGUCGCCGCCAUCGUCGUCCAGCGGCCUCUCCGCCCCCUGUCCGAGAAGGCAUCGGAGUUCCCUGGCCCAGGCGGCCCCGCCAGCCCGGCGGCCGCCGCGGCCGCGGUGGCCUCCGACCUCUUCGGGGCCGGCGCGCGCAGCAGCACGGGGGGCGCCGGGCCGGCCUCGGCCUGGGGCGCGGCCCAGUCGCAGGCGGCCGCCUCCCCUCGGGCGAUCUCGCAGACGCCCGACCAGGUCUACGACAGGACCCCUUCUCCCGCCGCUGGCCUGCUGCCCGACGCGGUCGGGGAGGGUGACGAGCGCCGCGCCCCGAUGCGCGCGGCGCCGAACGCGGUCCCCGGCCGCAGAGGCUGCUCUCCGCGGUGGUGGGCACAACAAUGCCCCGCCGCGGGCGUGAAGGAACACCGCGAGGCGUUCGAGGGCGGAUCCAGCCACGCGCGCCGCUGUCACGACCUGGCCCACCCCGACGCGGACCACUCGUGGAUGUGGUGCCUCUUCCACGCGCGCGGGCGGGCGCUCGACAACGACGGGUUGGCGGAGGCCGUCUGGGUGCGCCUCGGCGCAGGGGUGCCGACCGACUCGAGCGUCUGCGGCGCGUGUGGUCACAACGCCCUGCGCGACUUGCUUUACGAUUUCUCCUUGAAUGCAGACGAUGCCGCUGAGAAGGAGCCUCAGGGGUUGACCUCUUCUCGAUCAGCGCUUCGCCCCGCUGAUGUGCUGUACUACGGGGUCCUGACGGGCAGCGCGGCGGCGCUGGACGUAGGUGAUGUACCUGAGGAACGCUACGCGGACGAGCUGGCCUCCCAUAACAUCGUCUACAUGCCUGUGGCGUGGACGAACUUCUGCCGCCCGCAUCCGGUCGCGCUCGCCGCGAUCCGCGCCAUCGCGAGGCUGCUGAGCGCUCCCGAGCGCCCGCAGCGUCAGAGGGCGUUCAACGUCUCGUGCACCUCCUCGAAGCAGCCGAAGCAGAUCGUGCAGGAGAUCCACCGGGCUCUCGGCACGCAGCAGGUGGCCUUCAAGCAGGCCUCCCCGUUCCUGGUCAAGUGCCAGAAGCAGGGCCUCCGCUUCGAGAUGGAGGACCCCGUCGCCCACCUGGACCACCUGGAGUCCAUCUACGUUGUGAGGUUCCGGCGCGUUGCGGGGGAGCUCACAGCGUACAGAGAUUUGUGUUCCACGAUCCUUGCCGACAUGAAGAUCUGA